AAUAAUUUAACCAAUAAAUUUUUGUUAAAUAAAAUUUAUAUAUACCGUCUCUCUUAUCGUUUGUCCAGUCUACACUAAAGCUGCAACGUAGCAACAUGAAGAAAAUAAUCACACUUUUAAUUACUUAUUUCGCAUUGGCUCGUAACUCAUAUGAGCUACUCGCUGCGAAAAGUGUCGACUUUGAAACUAGAAUAAUCGGAGGGCACCCAGCUUUUACCGAACAGUUUCCCUUUGCAGCGGCGAUUGAAGUUCAAACACCAACCAGCAAAUUUUUCUGUGGUGGUACCCUUUACGGACGACAGUGGAUAAUUACUGCAGGACAGUGUGUUGAUGGGGCGAUUCUGUUCACAAUCCAUUUGGGUUCCAUUAGUCUGGAGAAGGAAGAUUCAGCACGUUUAACUUUGGCAAGUUCUCAGUACUACGUGCAUCCGGAGUACAACGCGCAGACUCUUGACAAUGAUAUUGGUCUUAUUAAACUACGAAUGGCAAUUGAACUCACAGAUUUUAUUAAACCGAUUGCGGCGUUAGCGUUUUCUGAUUUACCAGAUCAGUCGUACCUGAGAAUUAUAGGAUGGGGCCAAACUAGUGACAGCAACCCUUCGCUUGCUAGCCAGUUACAGUACGUUUAUGUCUCAACACUUUCUAAUCAGGAAUGUAGAAUUACAUACGGAAAUCAGCUAACAGACAACAUGGUUUGCAUUGAAGGAAAUUAUAACGAAGGCAGCUGUUAUGGUGAUACUGGUAGUCCCUUGGUUGACGUUUACGGUAAAUACGAAUUAGUUCAUGUUGGUUUAGCUAGCUUUGUAAGUGGAAAUGGUUGUGAAAGCACGGAUCCUUCUGGAUAUACAAGAACUUACCCAUAUGUAAACUGGAUUAAAAAUAUAACGUCUGUUUAAAUAAAUUUGUUUAACCUGGAA